UCACCGCUGACGUCAUUUCGACCGCGUUGGACUCUGACGUGUAGAGAAUCCCAGUCGCGAUCAAACUGCUGCUCAAAACACACUUUCACCCGGACAGAGAGAAUUACGAAGGAAAAGAUCAGAGGAAAGAAACUGUGAUUGUAGUCUGGCGCAAACUCAUCCAAUUAGUUGGACUUUUACUCCUUGUUCUUGUUUCUGGGCAGUUUUUAAAAUGGGUUUGACCAUUUCGAGCGUCUUCUCUCGCUUGUUUGGGAAAAAACAGAUGAGAAUUCUCAUGGUUGGUCUGGAUGCUGCAGGGAAAACCACAAUCCUCUACAAACUCAAACUGGGAGAAAUAGUCACAACAAUUCCAACGAUAGGUUUUAACGUCGAGACGGUGGAAUACAAGAACAUUUGCUUCACCGUGUGGGAUGUGGGUGGUCAGGAUAAGAUCAGGCCUCUUUGGAGACACUACUUCCAGAAUACCCAGGGUCUGAUCUUUGUGGUGGACAGUAACGAUCAAGAGCGAGCACAGGAAGCAGCAGAAGAGCUUCAGAAGAUGCUUCAGGAGGAUGAGCUGAGAGACGCCGUUCUGCUGGUUUUUUCAAAUAAACAAGAUUUACCGAACGCAAUGGCCAUCAGCGAGAUGACGGACAAACUCGGCCUGCAAGCACUCAGGAGCAGAACUUGGUAUGUCCAGGCGACCUGUGCGACUCAAGGGACGGGUUUAUACGAGGGAUUAGACUGGCUUUCCGAGCAGCUCUCCAAACAGUAAACAGCACUUCCUGUUCAAGCAGGAUGUGUGCUUUUCUAAAGGACACAAUUAGUGGAGUUAAUGUGGCACAGAAGCUGUUCAUGUAUCAUUUUCAGUUGAUUGCUACCAAAAG